AUUAAUAUUUUAGAAUAGUUGACAGAAAAUUAUGUUAUAUACAACGUCUGUAUAAAUUUUAAAUUUGAGGUACAACAUUGAUAUAGUACAUGCAAAUACUUACAAGAUAUUUUUUAAAUUUAUUACGUCAUAUUAUAUUUUUCCAAAGUGGAUGCAAACAUGCCGCACUUUGUUAGUGACAAAGACGAUAUUAUGCAGAAUAUAAAUGAUAUCACUGCUGAUUUCUCUUGUCUCAAAAUGUCAGUUUUAAAGAAAGCUUCUCUUAUAUCAAGCAAUGUAGAUAGAAUUACAAUAGGUCCUGAUUCUAUAGUUAAGGAAAAUGAUGAUCUGAAAUCAGAGAAUAUAGAAAAUGAACAAAAUUCUUGUAAUAUUAAAGCCCCACAAAAAUCUUCUCACUUAAAAAAUAACAAAAUAUCUAUGCAAAGUGGUAUUACAUUUUCUGUAAAGAAAAUUCUCUUGGAGAGUGAAUAUCAAAGGAAGGAAGAAGUUCGGAAAGAAAUUGAACGUCAUUGGCAACAUAUGAAUGAAAAUGGAAAAGCUAUUAAAGAACAUAUGGAAAUUUCACGGUCGCAUAUGGCAAAAGAACGCGAGCGUAGAACUAAAGAGAAUUAUGCGUAUAUAUUAGAAGAAGAAAAGAUUGCAGAACAAGAAGAAAUACGGAAAAGACAUGAGCGGCAAAGAGAGGUUGAAGAGUAUAGAAAACGAUUAAAAGAGAAGGAGGAGCUAACUAAAUUAAUAGUGAAUUUGAGAAAUGUAUUUAAAAUGAAGUAUAGCGAUAUUAUACUUGCAUCUGAGAACUGUGAUGAUAAAAAUUCUGUCGCUGUUCUGUUUUCUUCUUGCAAUAUAAAAUUGGAGGAAUUAGAUCACCAAGUAGAAUUUAUGAAUGAAAAAAUUAAGGCUGGAGAUGUGACAUCAGUUGAUUUAAAUUUUAUGGAAAAAGCUGUGCAACAAAUUGAUGAAAUACUGUGCAUAUUUAAAUUAGAAAUAGAAAGGAUAAACGCUGCAUACAGGGCAAAUUUAGCUAAUAAGGAAAUUGAAAAGCAAACCCCAUUAGAACCUGAAGUUUUACAAAUACAGGAACCUGAUAAUACUCAUACUAGUAGUGAAGUAAUUGGUGUGCAAGAAGUUAGUACUAAUAAUGUUCAGAAUAGUGAAAACAGAUACGAAGAAGAAGAACAACAAAUUAUACAAACUCCAGAAAAUAUGACUUCCUCAAACAUUCCAGUGAUAAUCAUACCAACUGUUCAUACACAAGAAACUGUUUCAACGAAUGAAAAGGAUGAUAGUAAAUGUGAAUUGUAUGAAUAUGUUGACAAAGAAUCAUUAGAAAUAUAUAUGAAUAGUAAACAAUUUUUGGAGAAUUAUGUAAAAAGUUAUGAUGAAUUUUUGCAAUCUACAAGCACAAAGAAAUUCCGUUUUGAAUGUCAAAAGGCAAUAAAUAUACCUGUAAAUGCAAUCUCUGGAAUUAAUAAACAACACUUAACCGAUAAAUAUGAAAGGUUACAUAAUCUUCUCAUAGGGCAAUCUUCUCCAAACGUGAAUCAAUAUCCUCAGGGUGCAGCGUUUUGUAAAAAUAUAUUAGCUAAAAAAAUAGUGAACCAAGGUGAAACACUUGUUUCAAGUAAAUCAAAAAUGGCAUUUCCAAUUGCUGCAAUAAUUGUAGCCCUUUGGAACGAUCAUUCUGAUUUCGGUUUCUUACUUUUGUCGCACUUUCAUAAUGCUUGUCCAUUUAUUGUUCCCGUGUUUUUACCGAAAAUGGUAGAUCAAUCGAACACAGAUUAUUACAAAUCGAUGGGUUAUAAAUAUUCUGAAGAUGGUACAGUUGAAAAACACGAUAAAUAUUUGAAAAGAAUGUCUGGUUUAAUGAGAUUGUAUGCUUCUAUAACUAUCACACCACAAAGAAAGGGAAUCCAGAAAAAUAAUCCACAUGGACUUCAGUAUGCGUGGCGAUGGUUGGCUGCGGUUUUAAAUAUUGAACCACGAACAGAAAUAGCAGAUCUUUGUGCCACCCUAUUACUAGACAUGCUUGAAGUUGCUGGAAAUGCAUUGUGGACUGCUUAUCCACAUCAAUUUCAUAAACUUUUAAUUUUACUUUCGGAAGAAUAUUAUUCGCGUAUGCAGAAUGUAGGGUGUAUUGGUGGUGGUCCAUUGGUACGACUUCAAGAAUUUUUGAAGAAUACUUUAGCAAAAGGGUUUAUUCCACCGCCUGAUGGUCUACUUCCUCCAAAUUUUUGGUGAUUUAAUAUUGAAUGUUGCUAAUGUCUAUUUGAUAAUAUUUUGCUUGCCACAGGAAUUACAAUAAGAGUUUGUAAAAUGCUACAGAGUCACCUUCUUUAAAUUGUAUCAUUAAUACGACUAAAUUAUUUAUUCAUACUUGUAAUGCCUAGUUACAUGUCUAACAAAUAAGAAUAAAAUUUAGGUUUAAGGCGAUUUUUACUAAAUUCAUAAAAAAAAAGACUUAAAAAUUUUCUUAUAUUGACAAUGUUGAGCUUAAAGCAACGAACAUAAACUUUAAAGAAUAAUGAACAAGUUCAUAAAUAUAAUUCAGAGACGUUAUUAUUUGAAACUGUAAUCUCUAACUUAUAAGUAAAUGUUGUUUUCGUAAAAUUAGAAAACUUAAUUAUGUUUCACUUCAACGAUAAAGUUUAUUGCCAUCUAAUAUAAAAUUAUGUAAGUGAGACUGCUAUUUAAAUGUAUCAAUAUAAAAAGUAUAUAAUGAAACUAUCUUAUCAAUAUUUAGCUACGGAUUUUGAAAUGACGUAGAAUUAUGUGACUGGCAUUCUCCUUAAAAUUGUAAAAUGAUGCAGGACUACGUUACCAGUCUCAAAUGUGUUAAUUAAUUUUUAUUGUGUUAAUAAUGAUAAUUACAAGUCCAGCGGAAAUGCUUUGGUAUUAUUUUGUACAAUUUGAAAUUUGAUACAUUUCGAAAUACACCUUCCUCCGAUAUAUGUUUACAACGUUUAUCUUAAAGUUUCGAAAAUACUAUUUUAUAGCGUUUAUAUAAACUCCCAAUUGGUGUAAGUAAAGUUAUUAAAGUAUUUUCUUUGUCUGUACAAAGUGGACAUAAUGUGGAAUGUAAAUGUUUGUCAACGAAAUCAAUAGUUUAUUAUUACGUCUGCUUGCACCGAUUUCAAAUGAAAUAAAAUUAUAGUAUUGUUCAUAGUAAAAAUUUAAGUUUAGUUUAUUAUAAAUAUAAUUGAAAAAAUAAUUGUACAUAUAAUUUCUUAAUUUGUUUGAAAUAAUUUCAAUAGUUGAAUUAAAUUUAUUACUUUUUCAGACUAUUUCCAUUAGAAAAGAUGAUACAUGUUUUGAAUUAUCUGAUAUAAAUAUUUAUAAAUUGUAAAUGUCCCUAUAUAGUUAAAAGAAAUGUACACAUCAUUUAUAAUUUAAAUUGAACCCAUUAGUGGAGAAUCGUUUAAAAUAUUUCUUGAAAUUUUAUUAACAGUCUCAAAAUUGUAAGCAUUUAAUGGGUCCUUACUGUUAUCUACAAAUUAUGUACUUUUAAUAAUUAAUAUAUUAUUAGAUAAUACGUAGACAAUAUAAUUUAGAAUAACUUGUAUAUAUGUAUAAAAUUAUUAUUAAAAUAUUGUAUUUAUUAAACUUUUAACUUGUGAAAAGUAUAAAAGUAAAGAAAUGUAAAAAAAAAGUGAAUGAUGUGAGUGUGUAUAUCUACUAUAAAAUUGAAUAAAAAGAAGAUAAGUGUUAGUAAUAUGGUACACUUGUAACUACAGAUUUUACAUCAGUUUGAUCAUAAAAUUCCAUAGAAUUUUUUGCAAAGUUUGUAAUGCCAAAUGAAGCAAAUUUGUCCACCCAUUCUUUAUCUUGGUGUACAUUUAGCAAAUAAGUUGUGAUUUUUUUGGUCAGGUCAUCUGUAAAUUAAACAAACAUUAUAUCAUUUACUACGUAUAGAAAAUAAAGCAUGAAAUAUUCAAAUAUUCAAUAUAAAUUUACUAUCAUUAGCACUAAAUUUUUAACCUAC